UAGAUAAGGACAAAAGCCUGUUUCUUAACACACUCAUCAUCAUCAUCCAAUCCCCAACAUUAUGAUCUUUGAAACAGAACACCAAAAUUAAAAAAAAAAAGUUUGCAAGAAACAAAAAGAGAGAUAAGAUUCUCUCUGUAUUUUUGAAAAAUAUAUAUAAUUUUCAUUUUUUUUUUCUCUUGGGUUUUUUUCACCUCAUCUCUAUCUUUCUCUGGCCUCAAAAUAUCUUUUAAGAGCGAAAAGUCGCUUCCUUUCUUUUUUUUUUUAUCUUUUUCUCCCAAAAUCUUUAAUUCUGUGAAACCGAAGAGAGAGAUAGAUAGACGUGGAGAAGAGCAGACGUCUUUGUUGUUUGUUUUUGAUUCAUCGGAUUCUAAGGGUUUGUCUGUUUCAAGACUCAAACUUUGGAUUCUCUUCUCUUCCUGUUCGUCUUCUUUGUCUUGAUCAUUUCUUUAUCGAGAGAAAGAGAGACGAGAUUAGGGAUUUAGUAAAGGAGAUGUAUUAUCAGUUGACCAAGUCUUCUUACAGAGACUCUUUGAAGAUUCUGGAGGCUGAUAUAGAGCACGCCAAUGGACUGGCUGCUGAGAUUCCAAUGGGAAAGAGUGGUGUGCGUCUUCAGAUGAAGUUGGUGUGCAGCAAUUUGGCUCCAUUCUUCAUAUUCCUCUUACAAUGGAUGGAUUUCUCAUGUCUGCUUCCAAGAUAUUUUGAUUUCUUCCACAUACUCAUAUACAAGGUACGUGCUGAUGGACGGUGGAAUCUAUCCAGGUACGGAAGGAAAUCUACAAUUAGGGAGUUUUACGGUGUUAUAUUACCGUCACUUGAGCGACUUCAUAUCAACUUUGCUGACUUACCGGACGAAAGCUUGUGGUAUCCGAAUCCAAAAGCCAUCACGAAAAAGCAGUAUGACAUUGAAGGUAGCAGAUUCAUGAAUAGCAUCGACUUGGAAAGAGAAGACGAAUGCGGGAUUUGCUUAGAGCCUUGCACCAAAAUGGUGUUGCCAAACUGUUGUCAUGCCAUGUGCAUCAAAUGUUACCGUAACUGGAACACAAAGUCGGAGUCAUGCCCCUUUUGUCGGGGCAGCAUCAAGAGAGUGAACUCAGAGGAUUUGUGGGUGCUGACAUGCGAUGAAGAUGUGGUGGAUCCAGAAACAGUCACCAAAGAGGAUCUUCUUCGGUUCUACCUCCACAUAAAUAGCCUCCCAAAGGAUUAUCCAGAAGCUGCCUUCUUAGUCUACAACGAGUACUUGAUAUGAUUUGAUCCCGAAACACAAACACGGGUGUACAGAGGGAGAGAGAGAUCCCAGACCUUUAAUUAAGUGUACAUAAGAAUCUGGUGGUCCAAAAUGUUCCUUCAUUUUAGAUUAUGAUUUAAGAAGAUUGUCAUAAUCAUAAUGUGUACCCCUUUAUUAUCAAAGAUAAAAUGAGAAAGAUGAUCUUCGCUA